AUGGCAGACACCUGUUUCUCCGGGCCCUGUGCCCCCACGGCCUCAGCCGUCUCGGUCUGCUCCAGUGACGUGAGCUGCGGCAGCAACCGAGUCUGCUUGCCCAGUUCUUGCACCGGCUCUUCCUGGCAGCUGGACGACUGCCCAGAGAGCUGUUGUGAACCCAGCUGCUGCGCCCCCCCCUGCUGCCCAGCCCCGUGCUGCCCAGCCCCGUGCUGCACGCCGGCCUCCUGCCUGACCCUCGUGUGCCGGCCUGUCUGCUGCGUGCCCGCCACCUGCCAGGCAGCGUGUGAACCCGGCCCCUGCCAGGCUGUCUGCACCUCCUGCUGCUCGCCAUCCUGCUGCCAGCAGUCUUGCUGCCAGCCCACUGGCUGCGGGUCUUCUUGUUGCCAGCAGUCCUGCUGCCAAGCCCCUUGCUGCGCUGCCUCUCCCUGCACGGUGCAGUCCUGCUGCUGCGUCCCCGUGUGCUGCAAGCCCAGCUGCUGCAUCGCCCUGCCUGUGUGCUGCAAGCCCAGCUGCUGUGUGACCACAGCCUGUUGCCCCGCCUCCUGCUGCUGCCAGCCCAGCUGCUGCCGCCCGGCCUCCUGCGUGUCCCUCGUCUGCCGGCCCGUGUGCAGCCCGGCCUCCUGCUGUGUGCCCGUCUCCUGCAAACCCUCUUGCUGCGCCCCCACGUCCUCCUGCUCUUGCUGCUGCGCCCCCUCCUGCUGUCCCGCCAGCACCUGCUGCCGCCCGGCCUCCUGCGUGUCCCUCGUCUGCCGGCCCACCUGCUGCAAACCCGCCUGCUGCGCUCCCAGCUGCGGCCAGAAAUCUUGCUUGGCUCGCAGGGCCACUGAGGGAGGGGCCUCUGGGCGCAGGCCACACCUGGGCUCCAAGGGAGAGUUGGAAUUGUCCCCAAGCCGGCAGCAGAGUCUCACCGCCAGCUGGGUUCGUAGACAACCAAGUGGCCAAGCACUUCCCGGGCCCCGUUGUCUCCGCCACAGGUCCUUGGAGAUUCUGGCGCUGGGAAGGCCCCCACCUCCGCCAUGCUUCUCCACGCCCUGCUCAUCUCCCCAUUGCUACCCGACUCCCUGCGCUGAGAAGCACUGGCUGUCCUGUCGCUGGCCGCACACGGCACAACCGAGGACCCCGGAGCCCUCCGAGUCCCCCCCUCUACCCCCACUUCGACAUAUUUCUGCGGAGACGUGUGCCCAGGAAUGCCCACCAGCUAGCGGCUCCCUCCAGUCCCGCUUUGCAUCGCGCUGUGCCUCACCUCCCUGGAGCCUGAAAAGCCCCCCGGGACCUCCCUGCCCACAGGAACUAGCUCCCAUUCAGACAAGAGCACCCCGUCACACAAGCGCGGACACCUCUGCCCCCAGGGCCGCGGCACGGAGCGGCGGCGCCACCACAGAUGCUUCUUGCAGGCAAUGGGCUCCAGGCCUUCAUUCCUUUUGCCUGCUGGCCUCUUUCCCCCUGCAGCAAAGCCAAGCCCAAAGCCGAGCUUCCCCUUUGGCAUCAGGGACCCAACAGAACCCAAGGCAGUAUAGCCCCUCCCUGCGUCAGGCACUCGGCCCCUCGCUGACACCCGUUUCCCAGUCUUUGCUGCCCAAGGCGCCCCAUCCAGCUGCUCCCAGCAUGGCAGACACCUGUUUCUCCGGGCCCUGUGUUCCCACGGCCUCGGCCGUCUCGGUCUGCUCCAGUGACGUGAGCUGCGGCAGCAACCGAGUCUACCUGCCCAGUUCUUGCACCGGCUCUUCCUGGCAGCUGGACGACUGCCCAGAGAGCUGUUGUGAACCCAGCUGCUGCGGCCCCCCCUGCUGCCCAGCCCCGUGCUGCCCAGCCCCGUGCUGCUCGCCGGCCUCCUGCCUGACCCUCGUGUGCCGGCCUGUCUGCUGCGUGCCCGCCACCUGCCAGGCAGCGUGUGAACCCGGCCCCUGCCAGGCUGUCUGCACCUCCUGCUGCUCGCCAUCCUGCUGCCAGCAGUCUUGCUGCCAGCCCACUGGCUGCGGAUCUUCUUGUUGCCAGCAGUCCUGCUGCCAAGCCCCUUGCUGCGCUGCCUCUCCCUGCACGGUGCAGUCCUGCUGCUGCGUCCCCGUGUGCUGCAAGCCCAGCUGCUGCAUCGCCCUGCCUGUGUGCUGCAAGCCCAGCUGCUGUGUGACCACAGCAUGUUGCCCCGCCUCCUGCUGCUGCCAGCCCAGCUGCUGCCGCCCGGCCUCCUGCGUGUCCCUCGUCUGCCGGCCCGUGUGCAGCCCGGCCUCCUGCUGUGUGCCCGUCUCCUGCAAACCCUCUUGCUGCGCCCCCACGUCCUCCUGCUCUUGCUGCUGCGCCCCCUCCUGCUGUCCAGCCAGCACCUGCUGCCGCCCGGCCUCCUGCGUGUCCCUCGUCUGCCGGCCCACCUGCUGCAAACCCGCCUGCUGCGCUCCCAGCUGCGGCCAGAAAUCUUGCUGCUGACCACAGGCUGCUGCUCUCUGUCCCCCCGGCUGACGCCCCCUGUCUCUCCCCCGCCCCGGGCGCCGCUUCUGCUGGUCUCCGGGAUCCCUCCCCGGGCCUCAGCCUCAGUAACUGACCGGCCACCACCCGCCACCCUGCCUUGCAGAGACCUCGGAGAUACCAAGGUGCAGCAAACAGCUCCGCCAUCAGAACCCAUGUGGGUCUCUUCCAAACCAUGGCUGCCCUCAGCCCCGGCCCCUGCGUGGCGUGCACCCGGGCCCACUGCUUGCAGCCCCCUGGCAGGCUCUCUCUAAUGUCAAAGUGCAUAUGGCCUUGGUCAUGGCCAACCCUACUAAUAAACAGC